ACAGCGGAAGAAAAACAAGCGGGCGCGAGAGGGGAGCCCCAGGAGGGUCGCCGGGUGGCUGGCAGGCGGCUCCCGCCGCGCCCGGGUCGCCUCGCAGGCGGCGGACGGAGGCAGGACGCGCGCUCCGAAAAGUUCAGACUCCUGGCGGCCGCGCGCCGCGCCGCGUCCCCUCGCGUCCCCUCCUCGCGGCGCUCCAGGAAAAGGAACUCGCUCUUCUGGCAGCUCGAACGGCGAGCGUUUCCCCCCGUGAGAGAGGUGGGGAGCGGCGAGCAGGGGACGCGAGCGAGGCUGCUGGCGGAGGGCGCAGACGGAGCGCGGAGGCGACGGCCCCCAUGCCGGCGGCCAACAUGAUGGAGAACCUGCAGCUGCCCGCCCUGCAGGUGCCCGAGCCGCAGGGCGCGCCCCAGGGCAGCCCGGUCUGGUCCAGCUCGUCGACCCCCACGCUCCGCCGCCGGCGCUUUAAGAUGCGCCGGAUGAAGAACGUGCAGGAGCAGAGCCUGGAGGCCGGGCUGGCCCGGGACCUGCCCGGCGUCUUGGCCCCCGGCAAGGAGUUCCUGCAGCUGCCAUCCAUCGAGAUUACGCCCUCCAGCGACGAGGACACCCCAUGGUCCAACUGCUCCACACCCAGCGCUUCCCCGCGCCGAAAACGCUUCCUCCUCCGCAAGUGGCUGAGGGUGAGGGAGCGGAAGGAGUGCAGCGAAAGCAGCAGCCAACAGAGUAGCCAGCAGAGCAGCCACGACGAUGAUUCGGGCAGGUUCCUGAGUCCUCGCGCGCGGGAAGAAAGCACUGCCAGUAACUCAAACCGCAGCACACCGGCCUGCUCUCCCAUCCUCCGGAAGCGGUCCCGCUCGCCGACCCCACAGAACCAGGACGGAGACGCCAUGGUGGAGAAGGGCUCAGACCACUCCUCGGACAAGUCUCCGUCCACGCCGGAGCAGGGCGUGCAGCGUAGUUGCUCCUCGCAGUCCGGCCGGAGUGGUGGCAAAAACUCCAAGAAAAGCCAGAGUUGGUAUAAUGUGUUAAGCCCCACUUACAAACAGAGAAAUGAAGACUUCAGAAAGCUCUUUAAGCAACUUCCAGACUCGGAGCGCCUCAUCGUUGAUUACUCAUGUGCACUCCAAAGAGACAUUCUUCUUCAGGGCCGACUCUACCUCUCUGAAAAUUGGAUCUGCUUCUACAGCAACAUCUUCCGCUGGGAAACUCUGCUGACAGUCCGUUUGAAAGACAUCUGCUCCAUGACGAAAGAAAAAACAGCUCGCCUCAUUCCCAAUGCCAUUCAAGUUUGCACUGAUUCAGAAAAGCACUUCUUCACUUCAUUUGGAGCCCGGGACAGGACGUAUAUGAUGAUGUUCCGGCUCUGGCAGAAUGCUCUCCUUGAAAAGCCCCUGUGCCCCAAGGAGCUGUGGCACUUCGUUCAUCAGUGCUACGGGACUGAGCUGGGCCUGACCAGUGAUGACGAGGACUACGUGCCCCCUGAUGACGACUUCAACACAAUGGGCUACUGCGAGGAGAUCCCUGUGGAGGAGAACGAAGUGAAUGACAGCUCGUCCAAAAGCAGCAUAGAGACCAAGCCAGAUGCCAGUCCACAGCUGCCCAAAAAAUCCAUCACCAACAGCACAUUGACAUCCACAGGCAGCAGCGAAGCCCCAGUCUCGUUUGAUGGCCUGCCCCUGGAGGAGGAGGUGCUGGAGGGUGACGGGUCCCUGGAGAAGGAGCUCACCAUUGACAACAUCAUAGGGGAGAAGAUUGAGAUCAUCACACCUGUGACCUCCCCUUCAUUGGACUUCAAUGACAAUGAGGACAUCCCCACUGAGCUCAGCGACUCUUCUGACACCCACGAUGAAGGGGAGGUGCAGGCCUUCUAUGAGGACCUGAAUGGCCGGCAGUUCGUGAAUGAAGUCUUCAACUUCAGCGUGGACAAGCUCUACGACCUCCUCUUCACCAACUCGCCCUUCCAGCGGGACUUCAUGGAGCAGCGGCGCUUCUCAGAUAUCAUCUUCCAUCCAUGGAAAAAGGAAGAGAACGGAAACCAGAGCCGAGUGAUUCUUUACACCAUCACCCUUACCAACCCUCUGGCUCCCAAAACUGCCACUGUCAGGGAGACACAGACGUUGUACAAGGGGAGCCAGGAGAGUGAGUGUUACGUGAUUGACGCCGAAGUCCUCACCCACGACGUGCCAUACCACGACUACUUCUACACCAUCAACCGCUACACGCUCACCCGCGUGGCUCGAAACAAGAGUCGACUCAGGGUCUCCACAGAGCUGCGCUAUCGAAAACAGCCCUGGGGGUUAGUAAAAACCUUCAUCGAGAAGAACUUCUGGAGUGGGCUGGAGGACUACUUCCGCCAUUUAGAGAGUGAGCUGGCCAAAACGGAGAGCACCUACCUGGCUGAGAUGCACAGACAGUCUCCUAAAGAGAAGGCCAGCAAGGCGCCGACAGUGCGGAGGAGGAAGCGUCCCCAUGCCCACCUGCGGGUGCCUCACCUGGAAGAGGUGAUGAGCCCUGUCACCACGCCCACUGAUGAAGAUGUGGGUCACAGGACCAAGCAUGUGGCAGGUUCCACGCAGACACGGCAUAUCCCUGAGGACACUCCCAAUGGUUUCCACCUGCAGAGUGUGUCCAAGCUGCUGCUGGUUAUCAGCUGUGUUCUGGUGCUGCUGGUCAUCCUUAACAUGAUGCUCUUCUACAAACUCUGGAUGCUGGAGUAUACUACCCAGACCCUCACUGCCUGGCAGGGUCUGAGGCUCCAGGAGAGGGGUCUGGGAGCACAGGACAGUCCGCUGAGCAUAACUCCAGCUGCUGGGGUGCCCCUUCUUCUGCCCCACAGGUUACCCCAGUCUCAGACAGAAUGGGCCCAGCUCUUAGAGUCCCAACAAAAGUACCACGAUACUGAGCUCCAAAAAUGGAGGGAGAUCAUCAAAUCCUCAGUGAUGCUUCUUGACCAGAUGAAGGACUCACUCAUCAACCUUCAGAAUGGUAUCAGGUCCCGUGACUACACGUCCGAAAGUGAAGAGAAGAGGAACCGCUAUCAUUGACAAGGCAGGAACAGGGUGGCUGCAAGAGGCCUGUGCAAUACAUGUACAUAGACCAUAUACAUAUAUAUAAAUAUAUAUAUAUACAGAAUAUAAAUAUAUAUAUAUUAUAUACAGAUUUUAAAAAGAGAUAAUGCCUAUGUACCAGGGAGAAGGAGCGGGACCUCCCGCCCCCUGUGCCAGCCAGAGCAGCGUUUUCCUUCGGUGGAGGGGCCGAGGAGGGCAGGGACCACCUCUCAGCACCAACCUCCCCUGAUCCUCCUCCUCCCAUCCUCUGCUCCCCACCCCUUCCCUUGCUGGCCACUCUUGGCUCUUAGAAGGGAAAUGUUGUUGAGCCAAAGUUAUGCCUGUGAAGACCCUAGGGUCUUGAAAAGUAUUCUCAAGGGGGCAUUGCUUAAGGUGCUUCAUUCCUUAAUCCCCUUUUGAUUUGUUUCCAAAAUAAAAGAGAAUCUUUUCUUCCCUAUGCCACGCUUCCCCAGGCGUUCUCUUGGGAACACAGAAGCAUCAAGGUCAGGAGCCCAAUCUAGACUCUUCCAUAGGGGGCCACCCACUUGAUACUGACAAGCGUCAGGUGGAAAGGACUGUUUGCAAAGCUUGGGAGGCCGCAUUUGUGU